UAUUGUCCAGCAUUGACAUUUGGGAACAAGAAAUUUGAGCCAGGAAAAUGCUACCUGAUAAAAUGUAACAGUGUUCCAGGUAAGAACCUGUUAUUGUACUUACGCCUCUUAGUGCUCCCUACAUAUAUAAAACCUAAAACAGAACCUUCUACCUUUGUUUGCAUUUCUGGAGCAAAGAUGAACUUGAGGUACCUGGAAACGAUGCUGGUCAUGUUUUUUAUAUUUGGGAGUGUGGUGGAGGCUAAAAAACCUGGCUGUGACUGUGAUGAGGAAAAGCCCCCUGCUUUUUGUCGGGGAAUUUCUUGCCCAAAGUAUACGUUGGUGGAAAAAUAUAAAGAUUUUGAGUUGCGUGCCUAUGAAGCCACACGCUGGGUGACAACUCCUGUAGGUCUGAGUGGCGAAGGCUUGCAACAAGGCUUUUUGCACCUGACUGAGUACCUGAAUGGAAAAAAUAAAGAAGGAAUCCAAAUGGUGAUGGGUGUUCCUGUGUUAGUAAUUAUUCCAGUAGUUAGAUCGCCUGUCAAUGGAACCAUGAUGAUACUUCUGCCAACAGAAAUUGAGAAUCCCCCGAAACCCACAGAUGCUGACGUUUUGUUGACAAACUUUAAUGCAACCUCUGUUUAUGUUAGGUCUUACUAUGACUUCAGCAUCACAGAUUCUAAUGCAGCUAAACUGGUAAAUGCAGUGCAUUCCCAGGGCAAGGAUUUCGAAAGAUCAUUCUACGCAUCAGCUAGCUAUCAUGAUCCAGCUCUCGUAAUUGGACGGCACUCUGAAGUGUGGGUUUUAGCAAAAUAAUAAGCAAACACAUUCAGAGCUUUUGUUUUCCAUAAUAAUCAAUUUCCUAAUAAACUUUCUUUUUAUGAAAAAGCUGCUGAGACAAAACACAGGUGCACCACAACUUGUCACAUUACUCUUUAUUGUAGCUUAUACAUAAGAACCAAACAAACCUUUCUAUCACUUUUCUUUCUAACAGCUAACACUGCUAUAACUUCUAUGUACAAAUUGUGGGACUUGGGAAAAUAUGGGACUACUGUGAGUAAAUACCUUUAAUAACAUUGUAAUAAAUUCUUUCACUUUAAUAAACCAUUCUGCAUUGCA